GAUACCCCCGUGGACUGGAUCAAUUGCAAGUGCCUAGUCACCGAGUCACCUCUCGUCCUUUUUCCUUUUCGGGCUCUCUUUUCAUUUUUAAUUUUCGACCACACUUGUCAGAUUGAUAUAAGAUGAUGACCGAGAGUACAAUUCCCGCAGCUUCCAGCUUCACUGACAUAGCGCCCCGGGCAUCAUCAGAGGCUGUCCAUGGUGACGAGCCCGCCCUCGUAGGAGACGCCGAGAAGGAACUGCAGCAACGGUCAAUCCAAGGAAUCCGCUGGCUGCUCCUCUGCAUUGCUGUCUUUUCUGCUAACCUGCUCUACGGCUUGGACAAUACCAUUGUUGCUGACAUUCAGGGCGCCGUUGCCGGUACCUUCAAUGAAUAUGCACAGAUAGGAUGGCUGGGUGUUGGCUUCACGUUGGGGUCGGUCGUCUUCAUUUUGCCGCUGGGAAAGGCUUACGCAAUCUUUGAUACCAAAUGGCUUUUCAUCGGCUGUCUGACGAUGUUCGCCGCUGGGAGUGCGCUUUGCGGAGGCGCCCCCAGCAUGAAUGCCAUUAUUAUUGGUCGCGUGUGGGCUGGUGCUGGCGGCGCAGGGAUGUAUCUAGGAAAUCUAAAUCUCAUCACUAUUCUGACAACUCCCAAGGAGCAGCCGGUCUAUGUUGGCCUAGUUGGGUUGAUCUAUGGAAUUGGUUGUAUUCUGGGUCCGAUCAUUGGUGGCGCUUUUGCCGAUAGUUCUGCAACUUGGAGAUGGGGAUUCUACCUCAACUUGGUCAUAUUUGCCGUCAUGUCACCCGUCUACGUUUUCCUCCUACCUUCACUGCCGCGCCCAUCAGGCCAGGGCCGCAGCUUCAUUAAUAAACUCUUGGGCCUAGACUGGGUUGGCAUGGUGCUGUCAACCGGGCUGCAUGUGUCAUUCGUUCUGUUCCUUACCUUUGGUGGUGUGCAGUGGCCAUGGGUGGACGGUCGCAAUAUCGCUCUCUAUGUGGUAGCUGGCGUCACACUCAUCGGCUUUAUCCUCAGCCAGUAUUACAGUGUUCUUACCACAAAGGAAGACCGCUUAUUCCCUGGCGAGUUCCUUCGCAAUCCUACUAUGAUUUUCCUUUACAUCCUCAUGGCCUGCGGUGGUGCUGCAUUAUUUGUUGCAGUCUACUACAUCCCACUCUACUUCCAAUUUGUGCACGGCGACUCGGGAAUCAUAUCUGCAGUGCGUCUGCUGCCAUUUAUUUGCUUCUACGUUGCGACCAUUCUCCUCUGCGGCUAUCUAAUGCCAAAGACUGGCUACUAUAUCCUCUGGUACCUUGCCAGCGGAAUCUUCAUGCUUAUUGGCGCGGCAUUGAUGUACACAGUUCGCUACGACACCAAUCCUGCCAAUAUCUACGGCUACUCCAUCCUACUUGGACUGGGGAUGAGUACGACGCAGGCUGCGUAUGCAGUUGGUCCGACCCUUGUGGCCCCAGAGCGCGUUGCAGAGUGCAUCCAGUUCAUGAAUAUCGCGCAAGGUCAAAGUCAACUCCUUGGAUUGGCAAUUGCGAGUGCCAUUUUUCAGAGUCAAACCAUCGACGGUCUUGUCGCUCUUUUAGCGGGCCAAGCGUAUUCCCUAGAUGAAAUUCGAGAUGCCAUCGCGGGUGCGCAAAGCUCCCUUCUCUCGGAGCUGUCCCCUGAGCUGAGGAGAAAAGCCCUUGACAUUAUUGUGCACAGUGUCGAUGAUAUCUAUGUUAUGGCGAUCGCUGCAGGCGCUCUCUACAUUAUCGCGUCUUGUUUUCUUCCCCGCCAUAAAUAAGCCAUCUAGGAGCAGUUGUUCGAAGAAGGGGAGUCGCGGGUUAGGGGAAAACACGUACUCAAGUAGCACUUAGAUUGUAACUCAAUAAUACUAGAAAUAGACUAGAAAUAUA